GUAGGCAGUAGGUGGAUGAUGUUAACUUCCUAGUUAUCUGGAUAUUUACUUCAAAAACAGCUAAUGCGACGUGUAUAUUUUCUAAAAACCCCGGUUAUAAACACGGUUUAGGUUUAAAAAGUGAAAUCCCGCCGCUCUACUUUUCUCCCUUUAGUACAUGCGGAGUGUUUUGUGUUAAAAUGACUUUUUACAGACUUCUCUCCGCGGUUCUUUUACCGAUAUGUUGGCUGUUUGUGUCCGCGGUCGAGGAGACUUCAAACCCGGUCACAGAGGCUCAGAUCCCCGCGGUGACGAACUCCAGCACCGGGGGGAACUCCACACACAACGGCGGCAACAAGCACCGCGGAAAAGGGCUGUUUAACGGGCUCGACAGCUCCAUGAUCCAGAGGGCCCUGUAUGUGCUGAUCGGGAUUACCAUCAUCGGUGUUAUCUACUUCGUCAUCCGGGCUGUACGGCUGAAGAAGCCCUCCCAAAAGAAGAAGUACGGCCUGCUGUCAAACUACGACGACUCUGUGGAAAUGGAGGGGAUGGAGAGCGAGGAGGACGACACGCUGUAUGAAGCGCGCAGCCUCCGCAGAUGAGUGUCGUCCCGACGGAUCGGAGAAGUGUUUACUGUCCGCUGAUGUUAUUGAUUAUCAAUCACUAAGAGAGGGAGGGUUGACCAAAGACUGCUGGAGGAGGAAGAGGAAGAGGAAGAGGACCAAACAGUUAUACAAGAUUUAUGCCAAAGCUGCUCGAGGAACCCAAGCAGGAUAAUCAUUCUUUGUUGAAGGUGGUUUGAAUAGUAGAUUAGGGUUUGUGAGAGAACAUGACAUUUCUGUGGAUGAUUAUGAAAGAUCACUGUGUUUUUUGUUAUCAUUAUUUCAAAGUCUUUUACUUUGUAUUUUUCUUGAGUUUUUCCGCUCUUGCUGUGUGCUUGAACUACUGCAAACUGAUUCCAGACCAGCUGAUAAACAUGCACGCUGACUUCGAGUUUUUGAUCCACAUUAGUUUAAUUCCUGGCGGCGUGCUCAAAUUAUAACAGGGAUGAUUAUGGUUUAUUUUUCAUCAUUUAUUCCCCUUUUAAAAAGGAAGAAAUAGGUCUCCUAAAGCAUGUUAGAUAAACCCUGAAUCAUCUCAGUAACAGUGCUACUCCAAACUCCAUUCAGAAAUCCAGCAAUUUAAAGCGUACACUCACCCGCGGAAGUAUAUUUGCUAUAAAAUGUUAUUUAUGUUGUUUUCUAUAAUGUAAGCACUGUCUCUUCAAAGUCAGGAUGCAGCUUAUCCUCCAAAUUUAAGUUUUAGCUUCUCAAUUAACUAUCAAUUUUGAUAUUUGUUCAGCAGUGCCAUGAGAAAAACAGUAAUGUGCCUUAUCUCCUGUAUGUGGACCAUGAGUAUCAAACCAAAUUCCAUUUAAAAACCAAUUUAACGCUUUCCUAUCUUAUUGCUAACGCUACAGUGAGAAAAAUGUGAUCUGUGUGUUAUCUCAAACACUCAAAGUAAACACAGAAAGUUGCCAAGGUGGCGAUCUGCAGAAAUCCAGGUCAACGGUUGGUUUACGUGUGUGAGAAAAACAGAGAAAGAUACACACUGCAGAUUCACUGGUUUUCUCUGCAGGAUUUGAAUUUUUAUAGCGCCUUGGUGGAAAGACAAGCACGAGCUCACGAAUGUGUCAUGCAUCCUGGAGCAUCAUUUUCAUUUAUAAAGCCUUUAUUCUGUUUUUUUGAUCUAAUUAUCCAACACCAUUGUACCGUUGUGUCACCGAAAGUGCCAUAAUGUUGGGGAAAAGGAACAUGUAUAUGGAUACAGAUUGAUCCAUCAUUGCACUUAGCGUUUCGGGUUUCCUUAGAUACAUCUGCAGAAAGUGUUACACCUCUAAAACAAACAGACUUGAGGUGAUUGAUAUUAUAUAAGAGUAUUAUAUUACCUUCACAGGGACAUCUGGCUCCUGCUCUUGAAAAGGUGGUUUACUUUAUGGCUUCAGUUUGUAUUGCAGUAUUGCAGAUAUACAUUUUGACACCAAUCAUAGGGGAAAUUGCUGAAUUUAAAGCCAAAUAAAUAUCAAUUCAUUAUUUAUUAUUAGCAUUUUACACAUGUUGUAAUCUUGCCUGUAAACAAUAUUCAUAUUUUUCAUUUUAAGCUUCUCCCCCACUGUAACACUCAGGUUUCGCAAUAAAAUCAUUUGAAUUGUUUUUAAAUAAUUGCAAAUUAAUCCCAAGAGACUUUCAAAAUAUGUACACAUUUUUAAAAAGUACAGGUAGGAAUGUCUGUGUUGUCUUCCCUUUGUUUAAAUUGAAGAAUGAAGAGACACUUAAAGAAUAACUCUUUCCUGGGAUGCCAAAGUUUCAUUUUUACAACAUCGAACCGUUUUUGAGAAUUUCUAAAAUAAAACACCUUUCUGAA